GACAAAAAUUGGGAUAUGUUGAAAGAGUUCUCAAAUACAGCUGAUGAUGCCAACGCAAAGAAAGUGGAUUUAAACAAAGAAAACAAAUAUCCAGGAUGUCCUUUAAAACAUGACAAGCAGGACACGGAUGACAAAUUAUCAGAAAUGCCUUCAAAUCCUUCUGACACCGAACUUGAGGAAGCUGGCAUUUCAAGUGGAAGUGAAGAGGCACAAUCAUCCCUCAAUUCUGGCAAAAGAGUGAAAGUGGAAGAAAAGCUAAGAAAUAAAGCAAAUCUAUGGAAAAGGAAAUCUGAAGCAACGUCUCUGGCUUCAAAAGAAAAGACUACAAUAGAGAGUGUGUCAACACAAAGUUCCGGGAAUAAAACAACUUGCCCAAAAUCAGCCAAUGCUUCUUUUUCAACAAUAGAAGAAGUCAUGGAAAUGUUCACAUCACUUCGGUCGGAAAUCCGGAAAAAAUAUAUGAAGCUUCACAAAACCUUUCCAAAGAAGAUUUUCUUCGGUGUGAUGGAGCAUUCAAGGGAGUCACUGAUGCAAUUUGUGGAUGGAGCCCAUUUUGGUCAAAUAUGCUGUCAGGCAGUCGAGCUGAAAUCAAAGCUAAAAAUAUUAAUUGUCUCUGUGUUCAACAAAGUAGCAGACAACGGUAUUGUAAAACGCAUCUUUGACCAACAAGCUGUUGAUCUGAAGCAAAAGUUGUGGGCCUUUGUCGAUGAUCAAGUUGAGUUCUUACUCAAGGACGUUUACAUGACAUUGAAGAGCCUGUGUAGACCAGCAAAAACCUUGCCUGAAGAAAAUAUGUCAAGUGACACUGAAAGACUUUUGAGAUUGCCUCGUAAGAAAACGCAGACUCACAAAGAUACAAAAGGUGCUCUAAGCUCUGUGAAACACAGCAAACCACAUGCUGCUCCUCAUCAAACAGGUCUUGGUAGCAGAGGCAAAGAUAUAAGGAUUAGUCCCACUGGGAAGGAAAAAAGGCAUGGUCAUAAACCUAAUUAUGGCAAUAUCGAUCGAGGAGUUGACUGUACUCCUCAAAAAUCUCCGGUUUCAGAGAAACAUAAAAUGGCCUCUUUGGUAGCCUCACAAAGCACAUCCGUGCUUGAAAAAAGUGACUUUGAGCUUCUCACAGAGCAGCAAGCUACCAGUUUAACAUUCAACCUGGUAAGAGAUUCUCAAAUGGGAGAAAUAUUUAAGUGCCUCCUGCAAGGAUCAGACCUACUUGAAACCAAUGCAAUGAGUGCAGAGGGCACAUCAUGGGCUCUUUGUACGCCAAAGAAGAAUGGAGAAAGACUCAUCAGCAUUACAACUCCAAAUAAAUUUGAAUCUCCAUCGAAAUUUCUUUCUCCAACCAAAUUUGAUACACCCUCGAAACUGAUUGCGACGUGGUCUAGCAUUUUACCUCGGGACAUGUCACCCCCGUCCAGAAAUCGGGACAGACCAAAUCCGGCUUUAUUUGAUGAAAGUUGCUUGUUAGAGGUUCCAUCGGAGAAUCAAGCAACACUGCACUCCAGCUGUUUGUCGCAGAGAAAUUAUUCGAUUCUAGCUGAAGAUCUGGCAGUUUCUCUUACUAUUCCAUCACCUCUCAAGUCUGACAGCCACCUCAGCUUUCUCCAACCCUCCGGGUUACAUAUUGUAUCCACCCCGGACAGCGUCAUAAGUGCUCACAUUAGUGAGGAUGCUCUGCUCGAUGGUGAAGAUGCUACUGAACAAAACAUUCACCUCGCCCUUGACACAGACAACUCCAGCCUGGGAUCAAGCAACAGUGUGGCCUCAGAGGCAGCUCUCAAUACUUUUGUGUUGAAGCCUGAAUUGCCCAUGCAGGCGCUCGUGAUGGAGAAGUCCAAUGAUCAUUUCAUUGUAAAGAUCCGUCAAGGGAAUAUACAGACGGGUCUGAACGUCCCCACAGAUGAGACCUUAGUACAAACACGAACAGAAGAAGCCCAUCGAGGAGAAGCUAUGGCCGCUCGGAAAAGACGAGGCAAAUAUUUGUUCAACGAGAUGCAUAAAUAUGCUCAUCCAUGCAGUCUCUCUGACCUUUCUGAGGACCCUGUAACAUGCCGCGGUGUGUCAAAUGAAAUUGGCUUUACUGAAGAUCAUUUCAGGCUAAAAAAACAGGAUUUAAACAAUGGCGAGUCUCCAAAAGCUACUUUUAAAAUCGCUACGUACAAGGAAACUUUUCUUGAGAACACUCUUGGUGUUAAACUCAUGAAGGAUGAAAACCCAAAUCCAACAUUCGAUAUGGAGAAACGCAGUCCAGAUCCCUUCUGUCCUUCAGAAACUAAUCCUCCUAAAUCACAGAACAGCACCAGUCCUUCCACGCGUACUGAGCAAGGCAAUAGUGAAAGCUCAGAAAUAAUUCAGACGAGCCAAGAAAUGUCAAAGUGUUCAUACAUGCAGAGCGAAAUUGAGACAUCAAAGUCAGACAGAAUUGCAGAUGACACAAGUACAGCCACGGGAAAAGCCAAAAAGGAUUGCCCGAAAAGUAAAAAACGGAAAAAGCACCAAGAGCAGUCAAAAGCAAAGCGUCCAAGAAAGGAUGAAGAGAACACGAUGGAAGACAAUGCCUUCAGCUCCAAAACUGAUGUUAAAUCAAAAUCCUUACCUUCAUCCCCACAUGCUUUGUCUGCCAGGAAUGUCAUCAAGAAAAGAGGAGCUUUGGUGAUGACGUGGACCAGAGAUGAAGAUCGAGCCAUACUCGUUGAUCUGAAAACAAAAGGUGCUUCACGCAAAACGUUUGCUGCCUUGUCAGAUAAACUUAAGAAACCAUCAGAACAGGUUGCUCAGAGAUUUUACCAGUUGAUGAAGCUCUUCAAGAAGCACGGGAAUAUGAAUGCCUGAUCACACCCAAAGUCGUUUGCAUUUGAAUUGUUUUCCUGUGACUACAUUUUGAGAAGGUUUUAAUACACAAGAGUCACUGAAGUAUACCAAUGAUAUACAGCUAUGGAAUAAAAUUUGAGACCACCCUUAUUUUUUCAGUUUCCCGUUCUUUGUAAUAACUAAAAGUACAUUUCUUUGGACCAUUCUGGUCAUGAGUACAAAAACAACCCGUAAGAGCUGAAUUUAAGACCUGAUAGAGAUAUUUUCCAAAGGUUUACUUGAUAAUCCCCACAAUUACCAUAUUGUUAUAUAAUUUGGUCAUCCGUGUUUUUUUUUUUUUUUUUUUUUUUUUGUGGCAUUUCUUACAUGAUACACUUUUAAGUGGCGCCAGAUGUUAAAAUGAACAAGAAGUUGAAGGAAACAUGGCAGUCUCACUAUUAUUUUUCCAUGGCUUUAUAUACAGUACAAGUUGUAGAUGUUAUGUAUCGGUCACCAACAUGUUGAAUUGUCACUAAAUUCCUGUCGUUCUCCUGAAAGGCCUGACCAUCCUGACAACUAUUGUCAGCGUUUAUAGUAUAUUCCUGGCAUUGGAACUGAAUCCCCGUACCUCAAAAUUCUGCACUUUUUAGGGAGACCCAAAACAUGGCAUAUGUGCUCAAGCGUUAACAUGGCAUCGUCAAAGAGAGCCAGCCGUCUUAAGGUGAACAAUUUGCAAAAAUAACUCGCACAUGUGGACCGACUGUCGAGAUUUGUGGGGGAAAAAAAAUUAAAAACCCCUCAUGACAUUUACUAAAUUGUGACAGGAGGUUUUGGUACGAUGCCAGCAAUAUUCUGUUUAAUGUAUGUAAACAGCCAGUUUUUCAAUUAAAAGGCGUAUAUUGGCACUUAUAUAGAAUGUAGCUGUUUUUGAAUUCCAGGAGUGAUCAAAAUGAUUAACACUUGCAAUCAAAUGUGAAAUAUCCACCUCAUAACGUGUUUUGGUCAUCUUUUUGCAAUGCAUCAGGAACUAUUGCUGGGGGGGAGGGGAGGGGGGGGGGGGGGGAAUUGUAGUGGUUUUGUACUAGCCUGUUUAGGACGGCUUAUAAAGAUUUCUCGCCUUCCUUUGACUAUUAGGAUACGUUUAACCAUAUCUGAAGAAAAUGUAAAUCUGAAAAAAAUAUAUUGUAAUUUUUGUAAGAAAGGCCUGUUUUUUAGGCUGUUAUGUACAGGAGAAAAUCAAUACAUCAAUACAUUUUUUAUUUCAACAUAA